CUGAGCUCCGCCCUCCGCCUCCCGCCGGCCUCGCUCCCUCCUCCCGCCUCCCUCGCUCGCUCGCUCGCUCCCUCCCCCCGGCCGGCUCGGCGCUGACUCCGCCGCACGCUGCAGCCGCGGCUGGAAGAUGGCGGGGAACGACUGCGGCGCGCUGCUGGACGAAGAGCUCUCCUCCUUCUUCCUCAACUAUCUCGCCGACACGCAGGGUGGGGGGUCCGGGGAGGAGCAACUCUGCGCUGACUUUCCCGAGCUUGACCUCUCCCAGCUGGAUGCCAGCGACUUUGACUCAGCCACCUGCUUCGGGGAGCUGCAGUGGUGCCCAGAGAACUCCGACACUGAACCCAGCCAGUAUAGCCCCGAUGACUCCGAGCUCUUCCAGAUCAUCGACAGUGAGAAUGAGGCCCUCCUGGCAGCGCUCACCAAGACCCUGGACGAAAUCCCUGAAGACGACGUGGGUCUGGCUGCCUUCCCGGCCCUGGACGGUGGAGACGCACCAUCCUGCACUUCGGCUUCACCUGCCACCUCAUCUGCACCCCCCAGCCCCAGCCCCUCGCUGGAAAGGCCCCAGGCCCCGACGCCUGAGGUGGACGAACUCUCCCUGCUGCAGAAACUCCUCCUCGCCACGUCCUACCCGACCUCAAGCUCCGAUACCCAGAAGGAAGGGACCACCUGGCGCCAGGCAGGCCUCAGGUCUAGGAAUCAGCGGCCCUGUGUCAAGGUGGACGGCACCCAAGACAAGAAGGCCCCCCCGACGCAGUCUCAGAGUCGGAGUCGGACAGAGCUGCAGAAGCACCUCACUUCAGGGCCCCCCUGCCCCCAGACUGAAGCCCGCUCCCCAGGCAGGGGCUUGCAGCCACCACCCUCCCUGAGCCCCCAGCUCCCAGCCAAGGAGGAGGAGGAAGCUGGUGAGGACUGCCCGAGCCCCCAGCCGGCUCCAGCCUCGCCCCAGGCCCCCCCAGCCCCGGGCAGGGCAGGCCCCGGCGCCCAGGGGUCCCGGGAGGACAUGCAGGAGAUGGUGAAGCUCAUUCGCUACAUGCACACCUACUGCCUUCCCCAGAGGAAGCUGCCCCCACAGGCCCCAGAGCCAGCCCCCCAGCCCUGCGGCAGCCCCUCCAAGCAGGUCAAACCCCGGCCCCGGUCCCAGCACCCUUCCAAAGGCUCCUGGGCUGAGUUCUCCAUCCUGAGGGAACUUCUGGCUCAAGAUGUCCUCUGUGAUGUCAGCAAACCUUACCGCCUGGCCACACCUGUCUACGCCUCCCUCACGCCCCGGCCCAGGCCCAGGCCCCCCAAAGACAGCCAGGCCUCCCCUGGCCACCCGUCCCCCGUGGAGGAGGUGAGGAUCACAGCUUCGCCCAGGAGCACCGGGCCCAGGCCCAGCCUGCGCCCACUGCGGCUUGAGGUGAAAGGACAUGCCGGCCAGUCAGCCAGGCUGCAGCGGGAGGAGGAAGAGGAGGAGGAGGAAGAGGAAGAGGAGGAGGAAGAGGAGGAGGAGGAGGAGGAGUGGGGCCGGAAAAGACCGGGCCGAGGCCUGCCGUGGACCAAGCUGGGGAGGAAGCUGGAGAACGUGGUGUGCCCCGUGCGGCGUUCCAGGAGACUGAACCCGGAGCUGGGUCCCUGGCUGGCAUUAUCCGAUGAGUCUCUGGUCCCUGCGGAGCCCCAAGGAGCUCUGCCCUCGCUGCGCCUGGCUCCCGAGGCCUACGACAUGGCGGGGGCACUGGGCAGCCCCACGGAUGAGGACAGUGGCCAAGACCAGCAGCUCCCACGGGGACCCCAGAUCCCGGCUCUGGAGAGCCCCUGUGAGAGUGGGUGUGGGGACACGGAUGAGGACCCCAGCUGCCCACGGCUCCCUUCCAGAGACUCUCCCAGGUGCCUCAUGCUGGCCUUGUCACAAAGUGACCCUCCUUUCGGCAGGAAGAGCUUUGAGCAGACCUUGACGGUGGAGCUCUGUGGCACCGCAGGACUCACCCCACCCACCACACCUCCCUACAAGCCCACAGAGGAGGACCCCUUCAAGCCAGACAUCAAACACAGCCCAGGCGAGGACAGAGCUCCCAGCCUCCCCAGCUUGGAGGGCCUCCAGCUUGGGGCCGCCCCCGUGGCUGCCCACAAGCUGCCAAAGAAGCACCCAGAACGGAGCGAGCUCCUGUCCCACCUGCGGCAUGGUACAGCCCAGCCAGCCUCCCAGACUGGUCAGAAGCGCCCCUUCUCCUGCUCCUUCGGAGACCAUGAUUACUGCCAGGUGCUCAAGCCAGAAGGUGCCCUGCAGAGGAAGGUGCUGAGGUCCUGGGAGCCGUCUGGGGUCCACCUUGAGGACUGGCCCCUUGUUGGGGCCCCACGGGCUGCGGGGCAGGCCUCCGACAGGGAGGAAGACAGAAGCUGUGACGGUGGUGCCCCCACCAAGGACAGCGCGCUCCUGAGAGACCACGAGAUCCGCGCCAGCCUCACCAAGCACUUCGGGCUCCUGGAGGCCGCCCUGGAGGACGAAGACCUGGCCUCCUGUAAGAGUGCGGAGUAUGACACAGUCUUUGAGGACAGCAACAGUAGCAGUGGUGAGAGCAGCUUCCUCCUGGAGGAGGACGAGGACGAGGACGAUGAAGAGGACGACUCGGGGCUCAGCCCCCCUCGCUCUGACCACUGCCCCUACCAGAGCCCCCCAAGCAAGGCCAGUCGGCAGCCCUGCUCCCGCAGCCGCUCCAGCUCCGGCUCCACCUGCCGCUCCUGGUCACCAGCCGCCCGGAGGACCUUCAGAUGUGAGAGCAGAGGGCCGUGUUCAGACGGAACGCCAAGCGUCCGGCAUGCCAGGAAGCGGCGGGAAAAGGCCAUUCAGGGCGAAGGCCGUGUGGUGUAUGUUCGAAAUCUCUCCAGUGACAUGAGCUCCCGAGAGCUGAAGCGGCGCUUCGAAGUGUUUGGUGAGAUUGUGGAGUGCCAGGUGCUGACGAGAAGCAGGAGAGGCGAGAAGUACGGCUUCAUCACCUACCGGUGUUCGGAGCAUGCUGCCCUGUCUCUGAGGAAUGGCGCUGCCCUGCGGAAACGCAACGAACCCUCCUUCCAGCUGAGCUAUGGAGGACUCCAGCACCUCUGCUGGCCCAGACACACUGACUAUGAUUCCAAUUCAGAAGAGGCCCUUCCUGCGUCAGUGAAAAACAAGUACGAAGCCAUGGAUUUUGACAGCUUACUGAAGGAGGCCCAGCAGAGCCUGCAUUGAUAACAGCCUUAACCUUCGAGGAAUACCUCAAUACCUCAGACAAGGCCCUUCCAAUAUGUUUACGUUUUCAAAGAAAUUAAGUAUACAAGAAGGCGAGAGCACGAGCGCGUGAGAGAACACACGUGAGAGAGAGAGAGAGAGAGACUUGAAACUGCUGUCCUUUUAAAAAAAAAUAAUCAAUGUUUACAUUGAACAAAGCUGCUUCCGUCUGUGAGUUUCCAUGGUGUUGAUGUCCCACUGCCACCAUAGCGUCCUCGCUUCCGGCGGGCGGCCCUGGGCGCGCCUCCCGGUGCUGGGCCAGCCCCCGUCCCCUCGCUCCCUGCCCGGCUCCCCUCGUAGACGUGCAGCCGUGUGCACCAUAACAGUUCUCGUCCGUAGUAUGUGAUGAUGAAAUUGUUACUCGUGAAUAGAAUCAGGAUUAUACACUCGUUUUUAAUUGAAGAAAAACAAAGUAUAUCCUUCAAAUAAUGUAUUUAUGGCUCAGACGUACUGUGCCUGGGAUUAUUGUAUCGCUUCCUUGAGUUUUUAACUAUGCACUGUCGUGAGGUGUUUGCCACUGAGUUGCCGUGCUCCCUGGGCCAGGGCGCCCUAGAGGUGCUGGGUGGCUGGCGGGUUGGUCCCCAGGGGAGCGCGGGCUGCAGCCACAAGUCAGAGCAGUGGAGAAAGGCUUCUGGGACUCGCCUGCCAAGCUCUGCCCUGUCUCUCACUGAGCACGUAUGGGUCCAGUUCCAGUUGGAACCCUCACCUGGUGCCAGCCGGUGCUCGGAGCUUGGACCUGGCCUGGAGUGCUCGGAUCCUGGCAGAGCCUGUAAGGAAGGUGGGGUGAGCCGCCUGAUUCUUGUUUUCCCAGGCGAGGUGGGCAGUGCCCCAAGAGGGGAUGUGACUUGCCCGAGGUCCCAUGGCCAGUGACGGGGCGGAGCAGUGACCCAGCCCAGGCCUCCUGAUUCCUGGUCCCAUGCUCUUGCAAUAGCUGGGGUAAAGAUGCACAGUUCCAGGGGCCGGUAGAGGUGAGGCCAGCUACGUUGGGCCACAGGCUAGAGGCCUCUGGGCUUACUUGGAGGGUUAAGUCGAAAGCUGGCUCGCCAGCAUUAGGCAAGUUUAGGCUCGGGCAUGCGUCUUGAUCCAGAGGGUUCUGUGGUUUGCCUAUACAUGUGGACAUGCCAUCAGAACCUCAGUGACAUACCUGGAGUGGCACAGGCAGGUGAUCUGGGAGCAGUCAUCCUUCCGGGGCCAGCCACCAACCCAUUCUCCUCCUACCAGCUUGUCUUGAGGCAGGGGAAGCAGGAGGGGCAUGUGGGGGCCGGGGGUGGAGAAGACAAUCUCCAAGGUCCUUUCCAACUUAGACAACAUUCUAAUUGGGCUUUACUUUAAAUUUUAUGUUCUUGAGUGAUGUCAAAACCAUGUCCAGCUUAGAUGUUCUGCAGGUGCCUUGGGGGGCCAUUCGUGAGGGAAAGCAUGGCCAGGCAGGGUAUGAGCUCGUUACCUCCAACUUCAUCUCAUUCGUAUGUCAGGGUUCCUUGGGAAAUUUUUGUAUUAAGAAGAAAAGAAAGAGAAAAAGUCCUGCUUGCUUUAAAAACUUUUGAAAUUAACUCAGUAAACUCAACAAGCUAAUUUAAUCUAUUGCUCCUGCCAGGCUUAGAACUUUGAGAAUUGGUAUUUGAUCAUUAUUAUUAUUUUUAAGCUGAUCAGAUACCUGAGUAGGUAUCCCAUGGGCUUGUCCUGGGAGGUGAGCAUACUCCAAGCCCACGGAGAAGAAGGCUGGAGGAAGCGGGCUUUAGAAGGAAUAGGGAAUUUGAGCUCCUGCGUAUCAAGUCACUUCCUUCUACCUCCCUGGGCCCCAACUUCCUUUUCUGUGAAAUGGACUGAGGGGGAGAAGUAGGCAAGAAGUAGGGACCCUAAGGUCCCUGCCAGCUCUUCUGCAAAGGUGGUCUCUAGCUCAAGAUGGCAAAUACAUGGCUCAUGUACCACUAUUGCCACAUCCUUGGCCAGUGGCAGACAUAACUAAUCGACCACAGCACUCAUGUUCUUUGAGCUUGUGAGUUCUUUUAGAAUUCUCAACACAGUGCUCUGGGCAGCUAUUACUAAUGGAUCAGAGUUUAACUAAACCAUCUGACAUCCUGGUCUGAUCUUUGAAAGGUUUCCAUCAUAUAGACCCAAAUGGUGGCUGGGUUUCAUGCUGGCCCAUCCCUGUCUAUCAUGUCCUGGUCUAUGAGAGAAAAUUCCCCUAAAGCCAUUCAUUGGCACAGGACUCCCAAUACUGUGACACACAACCCCCACUUGGGUUUGGGGGGGAGCAAGCGGAAUAGCGGACAUAAAAUGUUUGAGGGAGGUGGGGUUUAUGAGGAUGAACCACAAAAAAGGACUUUUCCACAGCACAGACCUGAACAUUGUAAAUUCCUUUUACAGCUGUUCACUGCCUAGCACACAGUAGGCACACAAUAAAUGGUUGUGGAAUGCAAUAGAAUAGAAUUUAAAUCUGUCUGCUGCCUCCCCUAAGUCCUGAUUUGCACCAAGGAGUACACUUAGGGUUCAUCCUGUGGAAACCAGUAGGAAGGAACUUGAGAUUCAGAGUCUGGAGAGCUGUUGAGUUUUGGCUCCACCAAGAGCUCUGUGACCUUGCGAAGUCACAGAAUCCCUCCCCCUCUCCUCUGCUCCAGAAGGAGUUGGACUAGAGGUUCUCUAAGCCCCUCCUACUUGUUUCUUCCUUGGUUUGCCCUAGGUCAGAGAUCCUCCCCUGGGCAGGUGGUCCAGGAGGGUAAAGAAAGGCAGAUUUUUAGUGGAAGACCAGUCUCCCCCUCCCCUCUUCCUGGGGCAGCUGAGGCUGCCCAUCACUUCCCAUGGCUGCAGGACACUCGAAGGUCCUCAGAUACCGCCCGUUGAGCAGAGCAGAGAUGCGAGCAUGGCGCUGGGAGGUCCCGUGCCUAAGGUCAGGGCUGGCUGUGGGGGGACUGCUGGCGAAGAGCACCAAGCAGUUUCUGCUUGCCAUCCCAUCCCUAACAGGCUACAAGGUGGAACACUGACCGAGCCUGCAGACAACCUCUAUCCGGAAGACUCAUUCGGUGCUGUGUAUCACUAACCGAGGAGACUCCACGGUCUCUCCAGGGAAGCUAGUCCACCUUGGUCCCUCGCCCACCACAUUGAGGAGUAACCCAGAGGGAGCAGCUGCUGCUAGCGACCAUGUCAUUGUAGCUCUGUCCCAGUGUGUGCUCUGGACGAUGUUUACGUGUGAUGCCCUAAAAGCUGGCAGUAGACUCUCUUGACGGCCGCCCACGCCGGGCACGUUGUGCUGUCUGUCUGUGUGCCGGGCUGGCGUUUCCAGAAAUGUCCGGUCCAACCGCUAAGUGGAAUUCUUCAUCUCCUUCCUCAGUCGGUACCAGGCUGAAUCAGAAUCCUCAGUCUUGGGGGUUCUGGUUACCGAAGGAAAAUGCAUCAAAGAGGUAAAGAACAUGAGUGGAUGGAGUGCAGAGAAGGCCCCCACCCGCCCCCGCGUAGCCCAUCACACCUUGCUUCCAAGUGUUGAGUCAAAGAGCCACCGAGCAGGUGUCCACAUCUGCAGCGGGGCCUUGCAGUGUGGCGUGCUGACCGUGUUGGGGGGCGGGGGGGGGGGCGAGGCAGGGCUUGGGGGCAGGAGGAAGAAGGGAGGAGAGCUCUGAGCUGCAGACACUCAGUACCCAAGUCCUGGUGUGGGGAGAGACGCACUAAGAAGGCUGGCAUUGCAUAGAGCCUGUGCUGGGGCAAGUUUUGAGAGUGGCUUCUUCUAGGCGUCUGCAGCAUGCCCGCCCAGGCCACCGAGCGAGUGGUGGGAGGCGGCGGCAGGGAGAGGGUUGGCAUGUGGUCCUUCUGCAGGGACAGGGGAGAACCUCACCCCAGGCCUUGGGCUGCGCUGAAAUCACAGCUGAGCCUUCAGCUUGAGAGAGGGGCCGUCCCAGCCGCAAAGCAGAACCAGCCCCGGACGGCGGGUUGAUCUGACUCCCUGACAUCAAAACUGCAGUCUUUUUCUUACCGUCUGAGAGGUGUCAGUUACCCUCAGAUAGGACUAAGGGAGGAAAUGGGAUGUACAGUAGCAAAUACGGUGAACCUCAUGGUUUCGUUGGCCAAAGAAGAGGGACCCCCUCGUCCCUUCCCACCGAGGCAGGAGUUGGUGCAGUGUUUAAGCUGGCCGCCAGGUCCCGGGGGGUAUUUGCCCACAGAGGUGGGCUCCAGGGCUGUGCGCAGAGUCCGGAGGUACAGGGUAAAUGGAGGGAGAGCUCGGGGGCUGGGAAACCUACAGAAAUGCCCUUGGCUGGGUGGGGGGAGGACCCCCGGGAGCCGGCUGCAGGAUAUCAGGAAGUAGACAGAGCCUGCCUUCGCACUGAACCAAUAAAAGCACUUUGAGAAAACCACAACACUUCAGCCUGGCUCCAUGUUUCUACGCUGGCAAAUGUGGGUCUCCGGCUGUGUGAGGGACUCUCCUAGGGAUUGGGCUGGAGUCGGGAGGGGGGCUGGUCGGCGGGGGGGGGAUCGAGAUUCCCUUCCUAAAUAGUGGCAGAGCCGAUCCUAGGGCCAGCCCUUUGCUGGCCCUUUUGUUGGAGGCCCUAGAGAAAGGGAACAGUGAGUUUAGAUCUUGGUGCCUCUUUUUACGUAUGUUUGAAAAGCUAAAACUGUCGGAAAUGGGUUUACAGAGCAAGUCACCCAACUAUAAGCCAUCUCAGUGAGAAGCCUGAUGUUUCUCACUUGCUGUGUGAUCUGGGGCCUCUCUGUUCCCUUCACUAAUGAAGGAGAGCAUUGGACAGAAUGAGCACCAAGGUCCCUUUCGACCCUGUUAGGCUCAGGUUCCCACCCGGGAGCAUCGGGAAUCGGUCACUCACCUGUGAAACCAAUCUCACCCUCUGGCUGCGCCCAGCUCGAGUCCCGGGUGAGAGAUCUCUGCAGGGCCACCAACCAGCAGUGGAUUCAAACCCACCUGGUCCUGGCCCAGUUCCCUUAUAUGAGGCCAGCUCCCCGGGACAGAUCAAAGCCAUAGUUUCUCACGGGGAUGGUGAGAAGUUCGACCCCAGCUUGGCUAGGUGGCGGUCUCGAAUCUCACAUUAGCCUUGUCAUUGUCCCCACCGAGCAGCUUUUAAUCCGACCGUUGUGACCGCUUGGCUGUUUCUCUCUUGCUCUCAGACGAUACUAGCAAUACACUUGUUUUUGUUUUUUGUUUUUUUCAAAACAGCUUAACUUAGGCACUUUUCACACAUUUCCUUCAAGUGAUUGUAAAACCUCUGGGGCAACGGGAGGCAUUGAUCACACUGCAUGUGUUUAGGGCAGCUUUUGCUUUUUGUUUCUUUAAUAAUCCAGCAGUGGUGGCUGAGGCUUCGAGGUCUUGGGGGACAGGUUUUCAGAUAUUCCGGUUCUUCCGAUACCUUGCAUACCGGAAGCCGCACAGAAAUCCACGUCCCCGAACCGGAGGCUUGGAGAAUAUGGUUUUGUAGGUGGUCCGUCCCUGGGCAGAGCAACACCUCAAAGACGUGUUUCUAUGGUUAAACCCCCUCUGUGCUGUAUGUUUUGUCAAAGGAUCCUGCAAGGAAGCCUAACAGAGCCUCCUUUCCCACUUGGCCAGCCUUGCUCACGGCUGACUUGUGAAGGGAUUGGUCAGCUUCCACCUCGGCCCUUUGCCUUAUCAACGUCUGGUCGCCCUCUAGUGGCCAAAGACUGUAUCCACCAGCUACCCGGAUGGAAGGCAAAUAAAUCCUUUCGGCCACCUUGCUGUCCAACACCAAUUCGGGGAAUUAAAUGUAACGGCCUGAGUGAACUGUCUAUGUGUUUAGAACCCAGUGUAACACCAGUCAGAAGACUCCAGAAGCAACCACUUAGUAGACUGAGAAGCACACUAUAGUUAUUCUUUGGGCAGAGGAGACAGGAGUGGACCCUGUGUCCAGGUGCCCGGGAGGGGUUUACUCUAACUGCAAUACCAGCAGCCCAGCUGCUGACCUUGUUAAGUGAACCUCUGCAAGGUGGCCCGCACUGUACCCUCGGGGCGAGCAAAGAGGUUGGGUGUGAGGAUUCGGGAGCGGUGGGGGGGGGGGGUGCUGGGGGGGCCUGGCCGUGGCCUUUGGUAUGGUCCACUGAAUAGCCAAACAGGUCUUUUGGUUUGUUUUUGUAUUUUGUAUUUAAAAAUUCUUGUCAAGUGUUUUUGUGUUAGGAAUAAAAAGUCAUAAACAAUUCCCAACUUUGUUCCUUGAGGGGUGUUCUGAUUCCGACGGAAACAGGUUGGCGAUCUCAAGGGGUGUGUGGUCAGGGCGGUCAGUGGGACAGGGAGGCGGACCACCCGCAUUUCCAGAUGGUCUCUGGGGAAGAUGACCGUCCAGAAGUCUGGCUCCGUGCAGUCUGCUCUGGAAAUUCACCCCCACCUCCUCGUGCCACGGUGUUAAUAUUGGCUUGGAGGGUCUGCUUCCUCCAGAGGCGGCUGCAGAGGGUGAAACCGACACAAGAUCCCUCUCCCCAACCCCAGGUUUCUAAAGAGACGGUGUCUGUGGCUAGCCUUAAUCGACUGGGCGAGGGGGUCCCUAUGGUCCCUUCCAGCGUUUCCAAAUCUUGGACUCAAAUCCUUUUCUCUUGGUGUGACCAUGCAGCCUAGAGAAUUCUGAGCAAUAGGGAGCCGGGGCUGUCCCCGGCUCUGUGACAGGGUCAAACCAGGGAGUGGCUGAACUUGUCAGGUUUGGGCAUCCCCAGGGGUACUACUGUAGGGGGCAUUAUCUAUUGGGAAGCUCAACAAGGUAACUACAGCCUGGGGUGCGUGAGCGCAAGGCUGUGUGUGUGUGUGUGUGUGUGCCCGCGCACGCCUGUGUUUGUGCGUGUGGACUUACAUUGAUGCAUUUCUUGAGAAAGGUGCAAGAAUUUCACCUACACAGAGGGACACAUCUGCUUUGUUAUUUAUAAUAGAAAAGCUAAAUUUUAAUUUUUUAAAGGACACUGCUAAUGAUUGAGAAUCGAGUUUUUAGUUUUGCUAUUUUUUUUAAUUGGUAGAGGAUUUUUAUAUAUUUUUUCCAUUUUGUUGGGUUGUGUCCUUAUUUAUAUAAAUACUUUAUCUGUAAGAGGCAAGGAAGACACCUUCUUUGCUUUUAAUUAUUGUGGUUGUCAUCGUCCCUAUUUUAUUUCCGGUGUGAUUUAUCUGUCUUACCUUCUAAAUGAGAAACCGUUUUCCUGUAUUUGUACAUUGUCAGAUUCUAUAGUUUCAUAGGUAAUUUAACCAAAUUGCUCUAUGUAUUAUUAUUCUGUGAGUAUAAAGUUCUAUUUUAACGUCUGUAAAUACUUCAGAACUGGCUUCUUUCCUCAGACUCCCACUGUGGGGUUAUUGUUUACAUCACAAAAACUGUAGAAUCUCUAUGCUCAUGUACUGUAAAUAGUGAAGUGAUCUGCUUAUACAUAAACUUAACAAAUACACUAUGGAGAUUAAAAAAGAAAAUACCACCCACA